AUGCUUUUCAGAAAUUUUUGAAGCGUUAAGCAGCAAAACCGUAGCAUCUUUGUAGCAUGCAAAAUGUCAAAGUGAAUGUUACAGGCUUGACUUAAAUCAAGCAGAAAAUCUACGAAAUUAACUCAAGCAAUGACAAUCUGGAAGACCGCUACAUCUGGAGGAGCACCUCAACAAUGAAUCACAGGUUUUUUCAGCAAUUAGUAUAGACAACACACCAAAGGGGUCAAGUGGACAUUUUUGUCUGUGAAAAAAUAUUGUCUUAUUUAUAUUGUUUUUGUUUGACAUGAUUAUUGAAAAUAUUCACCUCAGUUAUUGCAUGUAAGUAAGUUGAUAAAAAUUGAAUCCUAAUAAUAAAGGUUCAUACCGUACAAUAUAACAUAAUAAACAAUGUAAAGCAAUCUGCGAUAAAAACGAAACAAGCGGAAAACAGGAAACGUCCUUCAAAAUAAAAAUGUCUUUGUCACAUUGAUAGGACUCACGAUAACAUUGUUGUUCUUGUUUGUUUUUUAUUUUUAACUAUAGUAUAAUAGAUAUCAUUAUAGUUUAAGCCUUAAAUAAAUAAUAACAUCACAAGCUUUUACUGAACAAACGACAGCGAACAGCCCGGAUGUAGCUUCGGUGAUGAUGCUGGUCAACUCGACGCUAUUGGUCCACACUCACGGCUCUAUCAGCGGCUGGGAGAGAGUUACCAUCAGCAUCAUCAUCUUCAUCACCACUACCAGCUCCGAGUCUGGACCUGAAGCUUCAUCAUGCAUGGAGGGAAGAGAGGACUGGUGGCUCCACAAAACACUUUCCUAGAAAACAUAGUCCGGAGAUCCAGCGAAACCAGUUUCCUGCUGGGAAAUGCCCAGAUCGUGGAGUGGCCAGUGGUGUACAGCAACGAUGGAUUCUGUAAACUGUCCGGUUACCACAGAGCGGAGGUCAUGCACAGGAGCAGCACCUGCAAUUUCAUGUACGGUGACCUGACUGAUAAGAUGACCAUCGACAAGAUAAGACAGACCUUUGACAACUACGAGUCCAGCUUCGUAGAGGUUCUGCUCUACACAAAGACCAGAACACCUAUCUGGCUUUACAUGCAGGUGGCGCCGAUCAGAAACGAGAAGGACAAGGUGGUUCUGUUCCUCUGCACCUUCAGAGACAUCACGCUGUUUAAACAACCGAUUGAAGACGAAACCACGAGAGGUUGGACCAAGUUUGCCAGACUGACUCGAGCGCUGACCAACAAUCGCAACCUGGUGCAGAACGUGGCUCCAAUUAACAAGACUGAGGUCAGCCACAAGCCCUCCAGACUGGCUGAGGCGCUGCAGCUGGGAUCAGACAUCCUGCCUCAGUACAAACAAGAAGCCCCCAAGACGCCCCCUCACAUCAUCCUCCACUACUGCACCUUCAAGCCCACCUGGGACUGGGUCAUCCUCAUCCUCACCUUCUACACCGCCAUCAUGGUGCCCUACAACGUCUCCUUCAGGACCAAGCAAAACAAUCUGGCCUGGCUGGUGGUGGACAGCGUGGUGGACGUCAUCUUCCUGGUGGACAUUGUGCUGAACUUCCACACCACCUUUGUUGGUCCUGCUGGAGAGGUGAUCUCCGACGCCAAGCUGAUACGGAUGAAUUACCUGAAGACGUGGUUCGUCAUCGACCUGCUCUCAUGUCUGCCCUAUGACAUCAUCAACGCCUUUGAACAUGUUAAUGAGGGCCUAAGCAGCCUCUUCAGCUCCCUAAAGGUGAUCCGUCUCCUGCGUUUGGGCCGUGUGGCCCGGAAAUUGGACCACUACUUGGAGUACGGAGCAGCCGUCUUGCUCCUCCUGGUGUGUGUGUUUGGCCUGGUGGCCCACUGGCUGGCCUGCAUCUGGUACAGCAUCGGUGACUACGAGGUCAUCGAUGAGACCACCAACACCAUCAAGACCGACAGCUGGCUCUACCAGCUGGCUGUCAGCAUAGGGACCCCUUACCGCUACAACACUAGCGGCACGGGCCAGUGGGAGGGCGGUCCGAGCAAAGACACACUCUACAUCUCCUCCCUUUACUUCACCAUGACCAGUCUGACCACCAUUGGAUUUGGAAACAUCGCUCCAACCACAGACGGAGAGAAGAUCUUCUCCGUGGCCAUGAUGAUGGUGGGCUCUCUGCUGUACGCGACCAUCUUUGGAAACGUCACCACCAUCUUCCAGCAGAUGUACACCAACACCAACCGCUACCACGAGAUGCUCAACAACGUGCGGGACUUCCUCAAACUCUACCAGGUUCCCAAAGGUCUGAGUGAAAGAGUCAUGGACUUUAUCGUGUCCACGUGGGCCAUGUCCAAGGGCAUCGACACUGACAAGGUUCUGUCCAUUUGUCCUAAAGACAUGAGAGCGGACAUCUGCGUGCACCUGAACAGACAGGUGUUCAACGACCACCCAGCCUUUCGUCUGGCCAGUGACGGCUGCCUGCGCUCCCUGGCCGUAGAGUUUCAAACCACACACUGCGCCCCUGGAGACCUCAUCUUCCACAUCGGCGAGAGCGUGGACACGCUCUGCUUCGUCGUCUCGGGUUCGUUAGAGGUCAUCCAGGACGACGAGGUCAUCGCAAUACUAGGAAAGGGCGACGUGUUCGGUGAUGCCUUCUGGAAAGAAACCACUCAGGCCCGUGCCUGCGCGAACGUCCGAGCCCUGACCUACUGUGACCUCCACGUCAUCAGGAAGGAGGCUCUACUGAGGGUGCUGGAGUUUUACACCGCCUUCGCCAACUCUUUCUCUCGUCACCUCAUCCUCACCUGCAACCUGAGGAAACGGAUCAUCUUCAGGAAGAUCGCUGACGUGAAGAGGGAGCAGGAGCGUCAGAAGGGCGACGUCACCCUCUCCAUCCCCGAGGACCACCCAGUCCGAAAGCUCUUCCAGAAGUUCAGGCAGCAGAGAGACACUCAAACACCCGGGGAGUCUCACUUCUACCUGGAUCACAACUGUGUGCAGGUGGAGCUGCAGCGUCAACACCACCACUUCCAGGCCGACUCCAACUCAUACUCUCAUUGUCAGACCGUCUCGUCUCAGCUCCAGGAGUUUGACUCCUCCAUGGACAACAGUGCACCCUGCACAGGAGGAGGUGGAGGAGGAGGAGGUGCAGGCAGCAGGUGCAGCCUGACUUCUCUUCCUCAAGCAUUUGUUCCAGAGCAAAGCUGCACGGAGGAGAUGGAAGAGUCUCUGUCACGGUCUCACGCCGUGAACCAACUGUGUCAGAUCGUUCACAGCAGGUCAGAGGGCAGCGCUGCUGGGGCAGAGGGCAGCGAAUCUAGUGAAGUCACAAGUAGCAGAGGCGCUAGAGGCUGGUCAAGGUUUCGGACCGCUACUUCUGCUGCACCAGCACCUCCAGCUGGUGAGAAAAAAAAGCAGCUACAGAAACCAGUAGAGUGGUCCAAAGGUUCUCCAUCCUCACAGCAGACAUCAGCUGACAGCCAAUCAGAGGAAAGUCGAAGAACGGGGUGUAAAGAAGGAGGCAACAGUGCAGCAGAAGGAAGUGAAGAAACUAGUGCUUUGCACAAAACUGACUCCUGCGACAGUGGGAUCACUAAGAGUGACCUCAGAAUUGACCGAGCAGGAGCGUCCAGGUACUCCUUUGAGAGGAGCCCGUUGGACAAGAGCCCGGUGGAGAGGAGUUCCUACCAGCACGGUGUCAGCGUAGAAGCCGAGGCCUCGGUGAAGCUCCCGUUUGUUCAGCCUGUAUCGGAACAAUCGCUCCUGCAGGCGACGCUCCACGAAGCCAAGCAGGAGCUGAAAGGAGACAUUCAGAUCCUGAGUGGACGAUUGUCCGCCCUGGAGUCUCGUGUCAAUGAGAUCCUCAGGUUACUCUCUAUAAAAAGGAGACUCUCCCUGCCCCCAACGUCUUCUCCAAGACCCAGGGUCAGAAGUCAAGACACGGACACAGCCUCCAGGUCCGUCACACCGAAAGACGACGACGGGCCUUUUUAAAUGCACUGCUGGACCUGUCCUCGACGCUGAUGCAUGUCCUGCUGGACCUCUGGUCUCCAGGGACACUUCCAUUGAACACAUGCUGCAUGCUGGGAGUUACCUGACGCUGCAAUCAACCAGGGACUCUCUGACUUUACGACCAAUGAGGCACUUUAAUACAAACAGACCUUGUUCUGUACUUUUUUUAACAGGAUCUCUGAUGCACAUUCACAUGUGAUCAAACGUGUCCCAGAACCAUGUGGUCCACAGAACAUUUUGAAUUUUCAUGAGUCUUAACCUAGCUGCUGGUCUCCAUCUCAUCUCCUGUUUUAUGUGCUGUAUUAAAUAGUUAAUUUCUCCAGGUCUUCACCAAAUGCUACAGUUUGGAAUCUCCACUUCUUAUUAAUAGGGAUGUCCGAUAAUAUCUGGCGAACGAUAUUGGAUAUCAGCAAAAAGUUAAUAUCGGACAUCCCUACUUAGGGUCCAUAGUUAUGGGGAAAUGUUUGUAAAUCUAAACAAUAGUAUACUGCACGGUAGCUGUGCAUAUCAAGGUUGGUGCUCCUAUAAUCAAUGUCUUUAUAAAGUCAACUUUUUAUACAGGCAAUAAAGUCACAAACUUACAAAAGUAUGGUUCUAAUUUACAAAAAUAAAGUCACAAGUUUAUGAGAACAAAGUUGUACUUUUACAAUAAUAAGUUCAUACGUUUUCAAGAUUGUAUUCUCAUAAACGUACAGCAUUUUUCUCGUAAUGUUACAACUUGUGAUUUUUUUUUUUUUCACUCUCAAUGUGGCCCUCUACUGCUGAAAAGAGGAAAUGAACAAUCCACAAAUUUACAUUUUAAUAUCAGACCAAGUUUCACGAGGCUUGGUGCAUGAGUGAGCACAAAAAUAUUGUUCUAUAGGCCUAUUUUUUGUAAAGGCAAAGUCCUUGAAAUGAACUGUCAGGUAUUUGAAAAUGUGCCUUAAAAUAACGAAGCCUCCAUCCUGCAUUUGAUCUUAGCUUCAUCUUCCUACGCAUGUUCAGAGAGAAUGCAAUAAUUAUAUCCAUUUAAUUGUUUCAAUUAUUAUUAUUCCCUUUAAAAUUCCCUUUAACCCUUGAAAAUUAUUAAUCAGAUUAUUAAAUCCCUACAUUAUGUCAUUAUUUAAUUAUCUUGCUUGUUUAAAAUGAUAAUAUGAACAGAAAUUUGAUUUCUUCACUAUCUACUUAAAUAACGUUUUUUCACACUAGUAUCUAUGCAAAACCCUCAUCCUUUAUUUGACAGAAACGUCUGCUUUAAAUGAUUUUGUUUUGAAAUGAAACAUGUAGAGUUUGAGUUCACUGUUAAGUCAAAUGUUUGUUUGUUUUUUAGUCUGUCAGAUUGAGAGCAUGUGACCAUGGGCUAACGUAAUACAUUGAUUUGAAAAAACUUGCAUGCAACCAACUUUUAAUAUGUUGACGAUGAUAUUAAAUCCUGAACAUGUUGCCUGAUCAUAAUCUGUUUAAGAUCCUUGGUAUGCAAAUACUAGCAUGAGCAUUGUUCUUUACUGUCUUGAAAAAAACCCCACAAAGAUAGAGACUGAAUUGAAAAUAAAUUCAAAAUAAUAUUAAAACACUGAUAUAAUAGAUAAGAAAUCUACAUCAAACAGAAGAUGUUCUGAUUUCAUCUGUUCUGUAAACCACUGCCAGAGUAAAUUUUAGUAUUGUACACAGUCAGCCACUGGAGGAGCUAAAACCCCACUGUCAUCAAAAAUAAUUUCAAAACUAAACAGGAAAACCAUGGCUCCGGGGACUAAAGUUCCAAACCAAUGCAGGUGUAAAUUUGUGCCAGAAAGAAACACCCACAAUGUGUGCAUUUUAAGGAAUAUUCUUGCGAAUAGUUUAUCAUUUUGAAAAAAGAAAACUCUGCUCUUGGCAUUGUGUUUUUCAAAAUAUGAGUCCUAGCAGCACUUCCUUAAAACUGGGAAAUGGACACAAAAUAAAUGCUUUCAAAAGUUGCACAAACAAAUCCAAGAA